CCCUCCUCCUCAAUCGGGUCCCCUCCCCUUCAAUUACUCAUCCGAGGCACCGCCUCCGCCGCCCCGCGUUCCUGCUUACGCCCCCCGCCCGGCACCGCAGUAUCUGUGCACCAUGUUUCUCAUGAAGUGGAGACGUAUGAGACCCACCACACCAAUCGCCCCCAUUUGCCUUCCUUCGUUCAUCAUCAUACUCAUCACGAAACCUCUGCCACUGUCUCUUCCAACAGGCGCACUGUUAGGGUCUUCUCCAGGGCUGCCCCCAAUUUCUCCCUUACCAUUCGGGAUGGCAAUGUCGUCCUUGCUCCAUCCGAUCCCACCGAUGACUACCAGCAUUGGUACAAGGAUGAGAAGUACAGCACAAGGGUGAAGGAUCAAGAGGGGUGCCCCGCUUUUUCUCUGGUCAACAAAGCUACUGGUGAGGCCGUUAAGCAUUCCAUCGGCGCCACUCAUCCGGUUCGACUGAUACCUUACAAGUCUGAUUAUCUUGAUGAGUCAGUUCUGUGGACUGAGAGCAAGGAGAUUGCUGAUGGUUAUAGAGCUAUAAGGAUGGUUAACAAUGUUCAUCUUAAUGUGGAUGCUUUCCAUGGUGAUAAGAGGUCUGGGGGUGUUCAUGAUGGCACAACUAUAGUCCUCUGGGAGUGGAACAAAGGUGAUAAUCAGCUCUGGAGGAUCGCAUCCUACUGAGAACGAACUAAAUUUAUUGGAGAGAAUGCCGUGCCCCUCUGAAGGUGCAGUAUCUUUAUGAACUCAAGAUGCGACGACUGCUAGCUCUGCUGUUUGAGUGACAUUUAUGUCUGGUAUCUUAUGCAUUUACAAAUGGUUUUUGCUGCAUUUACAUUUAUCAAUUACCUGUCUGUGUGUGACUGGUGGGAGAGCUGUAGCUGUGUGUACACAUGAUGCGUUGAGCUGUUACUGUUGCUACUGGGAUGGAACUGGUGUUCACUAAUUAUUAUUUCCGUUACCAUCUUACUAUUAAGCUGA